CACUUGAAAUAAAGAUAAAUAAAUAAAAUUUUACUGAUAACAAAACUUUCACCAAAUUAAUUAGCAAAUUAUAUUUCUUAAAAAUAAUGUCUUCUAGUCAUAAAAUAAAAUUGGAAGUUUGUGUGGAUUCUAUAGCAUCGGCUAUAGCUGCUGCUGAGGGUGGUGCUGCACGUAUAGAGCUUUGCUCAGCUUUAAGUGAAGGAGGCCUGACACCUUCUGUGGGUAUUUUAAAGGCUCUUAAAGAUUUACCUCUAUCCAUACCUAUAUUUUGUAUGCUAAGACCUAGAAGAGGUCAUGAUUUUGUUUAUACCGAACUCGAAAUGUCUGCCAUUUUACAUGACAUGGACUUACUGCUGGCCGAAGGAGCAGAUGGUUUUGUCUUUGGUGCUCUUAACUCUGGCAGAGAAAUUAAUAUAGAACAGUGUCAACAGGUGGUGGAAAAGGCUAAAGGUUUACCGCUUACCUUUCACCGGGCUUUUGAUGUCACCAAUCCCGAGAAAAUGCAUGAGAAUGUGGAGUUAAUUAUAGAUAUGGGUUUUAAACGCAUACUAUCCAGUGGUUUUAGGCAAACGGCCGAAGAGGGAUUAGAUUAUUUGUGUCAAUUAAUAGCUAAACAUCAUAAGGAUAUAACAAUUAUGCCAGGUGCGGGUGUAAAUGUAACAAAUUUAGAAGAAAUUUUAACCACCAGCAAAUGUACUGAAUUUCAUGCCUCCGCCAAAGCGGCAGCAGACAAUACUGAGGAGAGUAAUAAUGUUAAUAAAAUGGAAUGUGAGGUAUCUAUGGGUAAGGCUGAUGUACUACCCUAUGAUAUUUGUGAUAAAAAUGUUGUACGUAAAAUGGUCACAAUUGCCAAAGCAAUGGCAGCUAAAUAAAGCAAAAAAAUAUGGUUAA